AUGUCGUUGUCACAUCAUAUUGAUUCGGAUGCAAUCAUCAAGGAGCUCCGGCAGGAUCCGGAGAAGAGCUGGAAAAAGAAUAUUCAUACGGAAAAUGCAGUGUCCUGCGUGACGCCUUACUCAACUCGUUAUGCGAGCAAAGAGGAAAUCCCCAAGUUCAAGAUCCCUCGUAAAGGAGCGCCAGCGGCGGCUGUGCGUCAGAUUCUGGAGGAUGAAUUGGAUCUGGACGGAAGGCCUAAUCUGAACCUCGCAAGCUUCGUUGGCACUUACAUGGAACGCGAUGCGAAUGCUCUCAUGGCGGAGAACAUUUCGAAGAAUCUGUCGGAUGCGGAUGAAUAUCCCGCUUUGAUGACAAUGCACGCUCGUUGCGUGUCGAUGAUAGCUGAUCUCUGGGGAGCUCAGCCAGGCGAGAAAGCCAUUGGGUCAGCUACAGUGGGCUCCUCAGAAGCCAUCCACUUAGGAGGCCUCGCGAUGAAGCGCAACUGGCAGCACAAGCGGAAGGAACAGGGCAAGGAUGCGUCCAAGCCAAACAUUCUCAUGGGCGCAAAUGCUCAGGUGGCCCUUGAGAAGUUCGCUCGCUACUUUGAUGUCGAGGCGAGGAUCCUAGACGUGUCUGAGAAGAGCGAAUUCAGACUCGAUCCAGAGCUUGUGAGAAAGAACAUUGAUGAGAACACAAUCGGUGUCUUUGUCAUCCUGGGAAGUACCUACACUGGACACUACGAGCCAGUGGAGGAGGUGUCUAAGAUUCUGGACGAGUAUGAAGCGGAGACUGGGCACUCUAUCCCUAUUCAUGUGGACGGGGCUAGUGGAGGAUUCAUCGCGCCAUUCACCCACGCUGGCGCCGGUGCGAAAUGGAACUUUGAAUUACCUCGUGUCAAAUCCAUCAACACAUCUGGUCAUAAGUAUGGCCUUGUCUAUGCGGGAAUCGGAUGGAUUAUCUGGCGUGACAGGUCAUACCUGCCCCAGGAUCUGAUCUUCGAGCUGCACUACCUGGGAGGCACUGAAGAAACCUAUACGCUCAAUUUCUCGCGUCCCGGAGCGCAGGUGAUCGGGCAAUAUUACAACCUGGUACACCUUGGAUUCAACGGGUACCGGGAGAUCAUGGAGAACUGCCUGGCUAACGCACGCCUUCUGAGCAAGGCACUGGAGCGGACCGGAUGGUUCACCUGUGUCAGCGGGAUCCAUCGCAAGACUGCGUUCCGCGGAGUUACAGAAGCCGUCCUUCCUACGCAUGGAGAGAGUUCUGCCGAUUACAAACCCGGCUUGCCCGUGGUUUCUUUCCGGCUGUCGGAUGAUUUCCAGAAGGAGUACCCGCAUGUUAAGCAAGAGAGCAUCAGCCUUCUCCUGAGAGCAAAGCAGUACAUCAUUCCAAACUACCCUCUACCACCGAAGACGGACAAUAUCGAGAUCCUCCGCAUCGUCGUGCGAGAAUCGAUGAGUGCAGACCUUGUCGACAGACUUAUCAGUGAUAUUGUUGCCGUGACUGAGAGGCUGAUGGAGUCUGAUGCAGUUGACCUAGCCCAGUUGCAGACCGGACCGACGUCCCUGGAGAGAUCAGGUGACGGCAAGAAGCGACAAAAGAGCCAUGAACGGAAGCCGGGCAAGCAUCCUAUGGCAAAAGGUAUCCAUAAAUCAGUAUGCUAG